UUUCAACAUCACGUCGGACGCAAUUGAGGACGGACCGCCAAUGUCAAACUCGUCGAACUAAACGUUAACAUAACCGACCUCAGUAUUUGUCAAUAUUAGGAGCGUACUGCUCCGCUUUCUUUAUAAAGGGCCGUUUAAUUUACGCGUUGUGGUUUGUAGGGGUCCCGGGUGUUAGUUGCGGACUCUCGUAGGAGAACAGAUCUGACAAGAUGCGCCUCACGUUGCAAAUGUUGAUCUCCCACGGCCGGGUGGCCCGGAGGAUGGGUCUGGGCCCACAGUCCCGGAUCAACAUACUGCGGAACAUUUUGACAGGACUGGUCCGACACGAGAGGAUAGAAACCACGCUGGGCAAAGCAGAUGAAGUCCGCUUCUACGCUGAAAAGCUUAUUGACUAUGCCAAAAAGGGAGACAUGGAUGAGAAGGCGAUGAAAAUGGCCAGCUUCUGGCUGACGGAAAAGGAUCUGGUCCCCAAGCUCUUUAAGGUCCUCGCUCCGCGGUUUGAAACGCAGAAGAACGGCUACACGCGGAUGGAACGAAUCCCCAACAGGCAGAAUCUGGACAGGGCUAAGAUGGCCGUCCUGGAGUACAAAGGCAACCCCUUCCCACCCCUUCAUCCCGUGAGAAAAGAGAACGAACUGACUCUUAUCAACCAGCUGCUCAAAGGCUACAGAGAAGAGAGGGCUCAGCAGUUAGCUACAAAAGCAUAAUGGAGACCAUCAUGGUGUUGCAGAUGCUGCAGACUGUGGCUUAAAGAGAUGGAUGCAUUCUUUCAUCAGGAGAACAGUUUAAAAGCUCUGAUGUCAACUGAAGCAAAGAACAGUUUUGUAAAAGAUCAUUAGGAUGAAUGUGUUAAUAAAUAGUAUUUACUAAA